GGAAGUUUUAUGAAAUGGGAUAUUGUAUUGACUCAACAGGAAAAGGACUUCGGUUUAGAGUAGUACAUCGUCAGAGGACAACAAUAAAUACUGUCGGUGACAUCAACGCAGGAAGGCUACUUUAUUGUGCUGUAGAAGUUUUGACACGUUUCUCCUCAACCGGGCAGUGCGGCUCGUUUUUAGCAUACUCUCUUCUGUUUAUGUGCUAGAAUAAUAAGUGUAAUUUCGCUUGAUAAGUUUGCCUAUGACACCGUUAAACUUGACAAUGAAGGAGAAAACGCUUCUUCGCGCUAAGUUCCACUGGACUUCGACAGCAGCAACAGCUGGAAUAGUUCUGCUGAGUUUGUUUGCAUGGUCUUGUCACGCAGAAGAAGCAUCUUGUCACGGAGCUUACGACUUGUACUUUGUUCUAGAUAGGUCGGGAAGUGUUUCUAACGACUGGGGUGAGAUUUAUGCCUUUGUGAAGAAUCUGACAGACCGAUUUGUGAGCCCCAGCAUGAGGGUUUCCUUUAUAGUGUUCUCAUCUUCAGCCAAAGUGAUGUUACCUCUCACUGGAGACAGAUAUGAAAUCCAGGAAGGCCUGGAGAGACUGAGAGAGGUGAAGCCAGCAGGGGAAACCUACAUGCAUGAAGGGAUUAAAGCGGCAAACGAUCAAAUCAAAGCCCAAGCGACCAAGUCCUCCAGCAUCAUUGUGGCUUUGACGGACGGAAAGCUGGCGGUCUAUGUACAUCAACUAACAGUUGAAGCGGCCAAUGAAGCAAGGUACUACGGUGCUCGGGUGUACUGUGUCGGUAUCAAGGACUUUGACGAGCAACAGUUAGCCGAGGUUGCUGACACCAAAGAUCAAGUGUUCCCUGUUAAAGAUGGCUUCCAUGCACUCAAAGGCAUCGUCAAUUCAAUAUUAAAGCAGUCCUGUACAGAGAUUCUGACAGUGGAGCCUUCCAGUGUCUGUGUGAACCAGUCGUUUGACAUCGUGCUGCGAGGGAACGGCUUCUCUGUGGGACGAGGCAACGACGGGGUCGUAUGUAGCUUCAUUGUGGGCCAGCAGACCUACAAUAGGAAGCCAAACAUUGUGCAGAACGAUUAUCUCCUGUGUCCUGCACCGGUGCUGUAUGAAGUCGGACAGUCGAUGGAUGUCCUGAUCAGUCUGAACCACGGUAAAUCCUUCGUCUCCAGUGCCUUCACCAUCUACGCCACAACAUGUUCGGGCGGCUUCACAGUAGCCAUAGUCUUCCUGGUGCUGUUGUUACUGGCAGCCUUAGCAGCUGCAUGGUGGUUCUGGCCUCUCUGCUGCACCGUGGUCAUUAAACCCCCUCCUCCUGCCCCUGCCCCCCCCCGGCCUCCACCACCCGAGCCAGAGGAGGAUGACCACCUGCCCAAGAAGAAGUGGCCCACUGUGGACGCCUCAUACUAUGGAGGGAGAGGGGCUGGAGGGAUCAAACGCAUGGAGGUACGUUGGGGAGAGAAGGGCUCUACAGAGGAAGGGGCGAGGCUGGAGAAGGCUAAGAAUGCUGUAGUGUCUGUUCCUGAGGAGGUGGAAGAGCCCAUGAUGGCCAGACGACCCCCCAAACCCACCCCCACAUACCACCAGCGCCAGGAGUCCAAAUGGUAUACCCCUAUAAAGGGUCGACUGGAUGCGCUGUGGGCGUUGCUGCGGCCGACAGUACCACCGAGUUUCUCUCAUAAGACCGACCACUGCGGACAAGGGGAGAUGUAUUAAUUUCAGCCGACUGCAGAACCGUUAGAGGACAAAGAAUACCAUCUACAACAUUAUAGACUCGACAAUAAUGACUAUUCUCUCUGUGGAAAGCAAAAUAAGUUUGUUUUUGAAGAUCUAAAAUCCCCAAAACGAUAGUGUCUAAAGCCACUAUCCAUCUGCUUCUCUCCAUUUUGUGUACAAAGGGGACUCUUCUCCAUGAUAUCUCCUGCUUUCUCAAAUCACAUCAUUAUUAUUAUCUCAAAUCAUAACUGGGAUAUAACUUUAUAUUUUUCCACUUGUGGUUUUUUUGUUUCUCAAGAAGCCAAAGCGAAUAAAGUGCGGCACAAACUGUGGCCGUUCGGAUCCGUUUUUUUAUUUUUUUGCCGACCAAAGGCUUAACAUAUUCUGACCAUAUUGUGCCUUCUGUGGAGAACCUUAUUUCAUGGACACAGACGGAAGCUAUCUAAAAAAAAAUAACACAGCGAGCGAGAGAGCGAGCAAGACUGUGUGCCUUUAGCGUGGCAGUAGGAGUACUCCCAGCGGGCCUCGACACAGUGCACAAGUCCAUUGCCUCUUGGCAACAUCUCAUCACAAAGCCUCUCCAACUCCUCUCCCUCCACUAUCGUUGAAAGAUGCCCGGCGGGACCCCCUUUGACUGGAGAUCCUGUCAUUUUAACACUGAGAAGUGCACACGCAUGACAAACUGUGGACAGCCAGGAUGCCCUAAGGUAUUGGAAGCAGUAGCUAAGACUUUGCCCUUUAAUUUUGUGAAGACACCUUUCUUUCAUUAUGCACUCGAAACAGGGGGAGUUAUUAGAGCGUUAUCCCACCGCGGGCCAGGACAGGACAGCCCCUCUGACCAGAUCACCACAGCUCUCUUCUACGGCUAGGUUUGAGGGAUAGACUGCCUGAAGCCUGUGACAUGAUGCUUGGCUGUGUUCCCCCCUGUUUUGAUGCAGUCUGCUGUAUGCUCACUAAGGCGUACAACAUCACAACCCAUAAACCUGCCAGUCAGUCAGUUUAAGAGUUUUAAGAUAUAGAUACAGCUCUCUCCCACUCCCUUCUGUCUCCAAUCCUCCAAGGAUCUCCCUGCUUCUGUCCUUCCCUUCUGUCUCCAAUCCUCCAAGGGCCUCCCUGCUUCUGUCCUUCCCUUCUGUCUCCAAUCCUCCAAGGAUCUCCCUGCUUCUGUCCUUCUCUUCUGUCUCCAAUCCUCCAAGGAUCUCCCUGCUUCUGUCCUUCCCUUCUGUCUCCAAUCCUCCCAGGAUCUCCCUGCUUCUGUCCUUCACUUCUGUCUCCAAUCCUCCAAGGGCCUCCCGGCCACCCUCCAGUCUCAGCCCUAUAGCUUCACUCAGCAGCAGAAUAUCAACGUUUAAUUAAAGUAAUUAAAGAGAACAGCAAGCAGCAGCCUGUGAAGAGUUGGUCGUCUUUUAUUUUAUGCCUUUUGACAUUGAAAGACCUCUAACUGUAUUUGAGAGAAAGAGACCACCCCAUCCUGUCUCCUUGGCGACGGUUUGGUGCACCCUGGCUGUCCGAAACACAAACACAAAACCAAGGCAACGGAUGCGACGUACGGAUAAGUAUUGUUCAUUUCCAGAAAUUAUGUUACCAAGCCUUGCACGCAGCGCUCCACCACCAAAAAAGCGGUAGUAUAUAUAUUUGUUGUAGAUUUCUCAAGCGUGCUGUCAUGACGCCAAUCCCAAAUGAUGUCAGCGAGAGGGGAACACUGUGGGGGAGGAGAGGGAGCAGCUGAAGAGAAAAGGCUCCAACGAUCCAGUCACUUUGGAUACGGUACUUCAGAUGCAAAAUGGAUAUUCGAGUCGAAAUCUGACAAAGCGCGCCCGGUUUUGAUGGGAACCGGUAUAGACAAUGACCAGUGGCUGGGUCAGUGGGAUGUCUCUGUGCAACCAGGGAAGCUUAUCAAAUGACACUAAAAAUAAGUUCAACAACCAUCAAGUUUCAGGGGGAAUGGGCCUGGAUUUUCACAUUUGGUGGGCAUGCGAGUGUGCACGAGACGGGUUGGGCGUGCACGUCGUCUCCGACUUAAUUAUUCCUUUGUUUUGUUAUCUGGGUGGACAGGAAGGGACAGGGAUGAUGCUGAUGGUCAGAUACACAAUCCUUAGGGUGCUGUGAUAUUAGUAAACAUAUUUUAGUCUCUUGCCUAAUCUUCAGUGUGACAUUUUAGUAGGAUAAUCAACUUGGUUUAGAUGGACUGUAGAAGAGGAUAUUUAGCCGUUUUUAUAUCACAUUUUUAUGUUACAUCUGAGAGCACAGAGCUGCUAUUAACCCAUACUAAUUAGUUAUUUACAUACCAGCCAAAUCACAGCUCUCCGCCCUAACAACGCUUCACAUUGGUUUUAGGAGCCCUCUCUUUCCACUGUGCCAUCUCCAAAUGUUCCAAAGAUCUAAUUUGUAACUUUUUAUGCAAAAUAUUUAGAAUAUUGGUUUUUAUAUUUUAAUACACUUUAAAGAUUGCUUUCUUAUAAAGAAUUGUUAUGUAUUUUUUUGCACUUUUGUUUUGUAUUUUUUUGCACUUUUGUUUUGUGCAUUGAUCGAUGGAAUUUUAUGUGAAAUGCCCAAAGAGACACAUUUUGCAAAACCUUUAAAAGUUGGUUUGAAUGUAGUUAUUUCACUAUAUUCUUUUGUAAUUUUUAUUUAGAAUUGGAAACAUUUUUCUAAAAAAACAAAUUUCUACAUUUGUUUUAUUCACAUUUGGAAGGUUGUAAAUUAUGCAUAUGUUUUAUCUUUUUCAAAAACACACGUUAAAAAACAGGUAAUCGAAACAGUGUUCAACUAUGUAUAAAACACUGUAUGUUGCUAUAGUUUAUAACAGGAAGUUUUAUAAUUUAAUUUCCUGUUUGAAAAUCAUAUAUAGCAAAGUAGUCUAUGAAAAGCACAUUCUUCACUCACUGUAUCAUGCAGUGUUUCUACUUUAUUGUACUUUGUGUGUCCUCAUGUCUGCAGUUCAUAUAUUCUCAUAUAUUAUCAUGUAUUGUCAUAAAUUGUCAUAGCACUUCAGGAGAGCGCUGUCCUAGAGGCUUUGUAGAGACAAUGAAAAACAACUGUUUUCCUAACUUUGUUUUCAUCUUUGAUAUAUCAUUUCAAGGGUCUGCAAUUGCAUAUAAUGUAAUAAUAAUAAUAAUAAAGUUUUUGUUUCUUCCGUUUUUUUUUUUACAUUCAAUAAUUGUUCACUGCUAUCCCAUGGUAGCGUUGUUACCCAUUGUAAUGUUAAAAUGGUCAAGAUUGUCACGUGUUGAGUUUAUUAUUAAACCAUCCAUUGGAAACUGGACAUCCCAUUCUUA